AUGCGCGAGGCGGACGACGCGCGCGCGGCGCCGACGACGCGGAGCGCGCCGGUGAUACGCCCCGCGCCGCGAUUGCGCGCGGCGCUGUUCGAUUUAGACGGUACGAUGGCGGACAGCGACCCGAUGCACUUUGUCGUGUUUGAUGAACUCUUGCGACGCACGGGCGUGCUGCGGGCGCCGCUGACGCACGAAUACUUCAAAGAAAACAUCGCGGGAGGGUCGAACGCGGAUAUAUUCGCGAGGCUGUAUCCGGAUAAAAGCGCCGAGGAGCACGAAGCGAUGGCGGAGGCGAAAGAGGCGAGCUUUCGCGAAGCGUUGGCGCGAGAAGCGUUGCAGCCGGCGAAAGGGUUGCGAGCGCUGUUGGACGCGUGCGAUGCGCGCGGCGUGAAGACUGUAGUCGUGACGAAUGCGCCGAGGGCGAACGCGGAGGCGAUGCUCACGCAGUUGGGGCUGAGGGAGUACUUUGGGGACGAACGACUCGUCAUCGGGACGGAGUGCGCGCGGUCGAAACCAAAUCCAGAUCCGUAUCUCGAAGGGUUACGGCGGUGUGGCGUGAGCGACGCGCCCGAGGCGUGCGUGGCGUUUGAAGACUCUCCGGCGGGCGCGCGGGCGGCGGUAGCGGCGAAUAUUCCGACGGUCGGGAUCCUAUCGUCCCAAAGCGAGGAGACGUUGGCGCGCGUCGGAUGCUGCAUGUGCGUCGACGAUUUCGCCUCGCCGGUGUUGUUGGAGGCGCUUGGGAUGUGA